AUGCCAUCUACCGCACAAGCACGCCCUCCGCUCCUCAACUCCAUCGUCCACCUCCUAUUCUCGGUGGCAACCACCGUCCUCCUCUACCUCAUCUCCCUUGGACCUAUCCCCCAACAUGUCGGAUUCGUCAUGGAUGGGAAUAGGCGGUAUGCAAGGGGACUGGGCAAAGAGGUAUCGGAGGGGCAUGGCGAAGGAUUUGCAGCGUUGAAGAGAACUCUAGAGAUUUGCCUUCGACUUCGCAUACGAGUGGUAUCAGUCUACGCAUUCGCAAUUGAUAAUUUCAACAGAUCAGAGAAUGAAGUUUCUGCGCUGAUGAGGUUGGCGAAAGAUCGUUUGGCGGAGUUGUGUCAACAUGGGGCGUUACUAGAGGAAUACGGGGUACAGAUCAAAUUCAUUGGACAGAUAUCCCUUUUCCCACCUGAUGUUCAGCAGGCUAUCAAAGAGAUGGAAGAGAUGACUGCGGGACAUAAAAACGGUGUAUUGAAUGUUUGUUCACCCUACGCAUCCCGAGAUGAAGUCAUCACUUCCAUCCAAAGCACCGUCAGAUCUAUUCAUAACCGUGAACUGAAAAAAGACCAAAUUACUUCUACAACCGUUUUCAACAACUUGGGCACUUCGCAAGCUAUCUCUAAAGUCAAUCCAGGACUGUUUAAGAGACCAGAGGAAAGUGGGAAAUUGGAUAUACUAGUUAGGACGUCGAACGUUAAGAGAUUGAGUGAUUUCAUGAUGUGGCAAGCAUCGGAAGAUACCCAGUUGCACUUCGUCAAUACUUUUUGGCCAGAGUUUGGUUUGUCCGAUAUGAUACCUAUUUUAUUGGGUUGGCAGCAGAAACAGUGGAUAAAGCAAUUGGGUUGGGCCUGA